AUGGGGUUUCCCGUCGGAUACACGGAGCUCCUCCUCCCCAAGUUUCUAAUCCACGCGCUCUCCCUCCUCUCCAUCCUCCGUCGUCUAAUCAACGCGCUCUUCCGAUUCAUCGGCCUCCCCGAUUUCCUCGAGCCCAACGUCUCCUGGUCGCCGCCGCCUUCUUCCUCUGCUUCUUCCGACUUCGACUCCUUCUCCAACUCGUUCGCGUCGUCGCCGUCGGCCGGCGGCGGCGGCUUCCCGGAGUUCCAGCGCUCGGUGUCGGCGGUGCUGAUCCGCGAGAUCCUGCCGGUGGUGAGAUUCGGCGACCUGGUGGACCCGCCGGAGAGCUGCGCGGUGUGCCUGUACGAUUUCGAGGCGGAGGACGAGAUUCGGGGGCUGGCGAAUUGCCGCCACGUGUUCCACAAGGGGUGCCUCGACCGUUGGAUGGGGUACGACCGGAAGACGUGUCCGAUGUGCCGGACGCCGGUGAUUCCCGAGGAUAUGCAGGAGAGCUUCAACGAGAAGUUCUGGGCGGCGUCCGGGAUCCCCGAUUUCUACGGCGAGUUCUCGCAAAUCACUGGCUAG